AAAAAACCACAACAACCAUGUUCGCGGAUCACUGCAAUAGUUGCAUAUAUUUUGCACUAAUGCAUUUGUCCCAUGUCCGUGAAAAUACAAUAUAUAAAUAGGGCUCUGAGAAGCUUUGGUAAAUCCAAUUUAAAGCCCUGAUUGGAUUCACGUGCCUUUUCUUAUUUUUUCUGAAAAACGAUUUUUCAAAAUAUUAAAUUCAAUUCCAGAGAAGUUACCUUUGCUGCAGCUACAGUAGUUCAUUAUCACCAGUAUCAUUGAUAUCAAUAAUUGAGUUCCAAGUACGUUUGAGUUACAACAAUCAGUAAAAGAUACCUACGGAAACAUUGUUCAAUUAAAUUACUAACAAAAAACAAAUCGAAUUAUUUUAAUUUUUUUCUUUCAAUAUUAUUUGCAAUUAGAAAUGGCUAAAUCAAAGAAUCAUACAGCUCACAAUCAAACCAGAAAGGCUCACCGUAAUGGUAUCAAAAAACCAAAGACUCACAGAUAUCCAUCAUUAAAAGGUGUUGAUCCAAAAUUCAAACGUAACCACAAACAUGCUCUUCAUGGCACUGCUAAAGCUUUAGCCGCUGCUAGACUUACUGCUAAAUCAGCCACCAAACCUGCUGCUAAAAAAUAAAUUAAUCAUUAAAUUAAUCAAUGAAUAAAAUAAAUAAAAUAAACCGAUUUUUUUUUCAAUUUAAUUUACUUUAAUACAAUUUUUUGUGGUGAUAUAAAGCAUGUACAAUACUAAUGAUAAUAAAAUAUUAGAAAACAACAAAAUACAUUUAUAAUACUAAAACAAUAUCUAAUCAUUAGAAAACAAAACUUGAUAAGUUAAUUUAAAUGCAUAAAAUGUAUUAAAUACUGGAAAGCUCACGUUAAACAUUUAUUAAAUAUAUUUUAAUGGUUACUUUUUUUUACUAUGAUAUUCAUUCAAUUUUCCAAGGUGAGAUGUAGAAAGCAAUAUUAA